GCACCACCUUUUUGGCGAUCUUUCGAUACUAGUCCACCACAACUUCCGGUCGUUGAGCGCACGCAUACUGUUUACAUGAUCGUAUAGUGUGUUUAUGUGUUUAAAUGACUUGAAAAUAUGAAAAGACAACAUUAAAUAGAAACUCAAAGUGGUACAGUGGUUAGAGCAUCCGGCUUGCAAUCCUGAGAAUAUCAGACAAAUAUGUUUGUGGCAUCUUCAGAUAUUGAUGAAAGUCAGAAUUGAUGGGAAAAUAGUUGUAAAACAGUUGAAAGAAAUAAUUAAUGAAAAGUGAAAAAGGAAAAUAAACAUAUUGUUCUGAGAGAAGAAAACUAUUGAAGCAACGGAUAAUGUUACAGACUUAAAGGAUUGAUUUAUUAUUUUGUUGAAGAGAUGGAAAGCGAGACUGAAAAAUCCUCAUACCAUUGUGGUAUUUGUCAAAAAUCAUUUUCUCUGGAAAGUAACCUCAUCAAACACAAAUGCAUUCAGAGAGGUGAGAAAAUAUAUCCCUGUCACAUCUGUGGUAAAUCAUUCACUGCUAAUCACAAGUUAACCAGACACAUCCGUAUUCAUACAGGAGAAAAACCAUAUAAGUGUGAUAUCUGUGAUAAAUCAUUCUCACACUCAACUGCUUUACAUAUUCACAAACGCAUUCAUACAGGGGAAAAACCAUAUCCCUGUGACUUUUGUGCUGAAUCGUUCUCCAGAAAGGAUGGUCUCAUUAAACAUAAAUGCAUUCAUACAAAAGAGCAGCCAUAUCAGUGUGAUACCUGUGGUAAAUCAUUCGCUGAUACUAGCAACUUAACCAGACAUGUCUUUAUUCAUACAGGAGAGAAACCAUAUCACUGUGACAUUUGUGGUAAAUCAUUCUCCAGAAAUAGUGAUCUCACCAGACAUAUACGUAUUCAUACCGGAGAGAAGCCAUAUUACUGUGAUGUCUGUGGUAAAUCAUUCUCUGUAUCUGGACACUUAAUUAAACACAAACGUAUUCAUACCGGAGAGAAGCCGUAUCACUGUGAUGUCUGUGGUAAAUCAUUCUAUGAAUCUGAAAACUUAACUAAACACAAACGUACUCAUACAGGAGAAAGACCAUACCACUGUAAUAUCUGUGGUAAAUCAUUCUCUAGAAAUAGUAUUUUAACUACACACAGAUGUAUUCAUCCAGGAGAGAAUCUUUGUAACUGUGAUAUCUGUGGUAAAUCAUUCACUGAUACUCGCAACUUAACCAGACACAUCCGUAUUCAUACAGGAGAAAAACCAUAUAAGUGUGACAUCUGUGAUAAAUCAUUCUCUAGAAAUGAUGGACUCAUUCAUCAUAAACGCAUUCAUGCAGGAGAGAAGCCACAUCACUGUGACAUCUGUGGUAAAUCAUUCUCUGAAUCUGGUCACUUAACUAAGCAUAAACGUACUCAUACAGGAGAAAAACCAUAUCACUGUGAUAUCUGUGGUAAAUCUUUCCCUGGUACAUAUGACUUAACUCAACACAAACGUAUUCAUACAGGAGAGAAGCCACAUCACUGUGAUAUCUGUGGUAAAUCAUUCUCUCAAUCUGCUCACUUAACUAAACAUAAACGUACUCAUACAGGUGAUUAACCAUAUCACUGUGGUAAAUAUUUUUCUGAAAAUACUCAUUUAAUUAAAUCUAAAUGCAUUCAUACAGAGAAAUCAUAUGACUGUGAUAUUUGGUAGAUCAUUCUUUCAAUUUAAUGAUUUUUCUAAACACAGAUGUAUUCACACAGGAGAAUGUCCAUAUAGCUGUGAUAUCUGUAGUAAAUCAUUCUCUACAGCUUGUGCUGUAAGUAGAUACAAACAUAUCAUAGAUGAAAGAGGCCAUGCUAAUGUAAUAUCAGCGGUAAAUGAUUCUCUAAUUUAAACACCUUAGAUAAUCAUAAACAUAUUCAUACAAAAAAAUAAUACAUUUGUGAUAUCUGUGGUAAAUUAUUCGCUCAAAGGUUUAAUUUAGCUACACAUAUAUGCAUGCAUACUGUAGAAGAACCAUAUCACUGUGACACAAACGUUUUACAUACUCAAUUGUAUUGAGACAGGAGAAAAGUCACAGCAUUUGGAUAUGAGGGAAUUUAUUCUCUACCCAAUGUGAUUUAUCUCCCCCUCUACCUAUUCUCGCAGAAGUGUAACUGUAUUGUCCAAAUUUAUUACCUCACACAACAAUAAGACCAUGUUUUCUUCACUGAAGCAAUAUCUACCUUAAACCCUACCUAAUCUCAUUUUGUUUUGCUUUUUAAUAUAAUAUUUUGUAGCUAAAUGCUUUUCUUGAUGCCAGUCGUUUAAUCACCUUUUACAUGGGCAGUGCAUGCCCCACGUGUUAUUAAACAAGAUACACAGUGUUUGUGUUUAUUCUACAAGAAAUUAUAUAAUCGUCAAUGUAUUCAGAAAGGGAAGAAAAUAUAAUGCUACUCAUAUAUGCGUUUAUGUGGGAGAAAAAGCAUAUCACUGUGACCUCUAUGGUAUAUCAUCUUUUCAAACAAACAUUUUUCGUACUCACAAAUGUAUUCAGACAGGAGAAAAGUCACAGCAUUUGCAUAUCUGUGGGAAUUUAUUCUCUAACAAAAGUGAGUUAGCUCCCCAUUUAGCUAUUCACUUGGAAGUGUAACUGUAUUAUUGUCCAAGUUCAUUACCUCACACAACAAUAAACCUCUCAAGACCGUUUUUUAUUUGCUGAAGCAAUACUUACCCUCAACUUUACCUAAUAAGCAAUCUCAUUUUGUUUCCCCAUUUUGAAAUAAUCUCUUAAAGCUAAACGCUUUUCCUUAUUCCAGCCGUUUAAUCACCUUUUAUAUUACAUAGGCAAAGCAAUCAUAUAUCGUCUUGACUGUGUGGCCUGUAAUUUUCAGUUUUCACAUCAUUUCUCUCUCAAGACAACAUGAAAUCUAAAUGAUGAAUUACACAGAUCCUAUGAUCCCUUGGAUGAUGUAAAAUAGAAUUUACAUCAAUAAAUGACAGGUGAUUCUAGUUUCUAAUAAAAACCAUUUAUUCACUAUGCUUGUAUGUAUUCCAUCAUGCCUGCCCCUCCACCUGUUCCUUCAAAUUAUCCAACAUCAUGUCACUUGUGUUGUCCUUCUCCUGUCUACUGUAUCCAUCUGUCUGUUUAUCAGUGCUUGUCUGUCCCUCUGUCUUCUUAAACAUUUAUCGUCUUGACUGUGUGGCCUAUAAUCUUUACUUUUUACAUCAUUUCUCUCUGAAGACAUCAUGAAACCUAAAUAAAGCUGGUUUAUUCUUAAA